GGAUGGUGGGAGGAGGGAACAGGACAGAGAGUGUAUGUUGUAGCUUGGAACAAUCACUUACACAUAGGGGGAUUGUUCUGAGGGAAGGUGUGAUUUAGAAUUUUCAGUAGCAUAGAGAUUUUGGAGUGGGGUGGGAGCAGGAAACGCUGUCAUUUUUUACACUGAUGUCCUAGAAAGGACACCGUAGUUGUGAUUCCUCUACUAAAGGCAGACAUUGACUUUUGUGCGUUCACAGCACAGUGAGGUUACCAAAAGCUAUGUAAUGCAUCUUAGUGUAGAGCACGCACACCACGCUCAGCCUCAUCAGCUACGUUGUACCAAGCGCCUACCAGAAAGUCAACGUCACACGGAAGCUGCUGCCACACUGCUGCUAUUUGAACUACAGUAGUUAGGUGUCAGAUACUCAUCUCAGCAGCAAGGUUUCGGAAGGAAGACAGAAGCUAUGGGAGUGAAAAACAGUUUACAGGCUUUUGUGGUGCUGCUGUACAUGAGCUGCUGUAGCAGCUUCUACCUCCCAGGUCUGGCUCCUGUAAGUUUCUGCAGAGAAGGGAACAGCACAGACAACUGCAAGUCCAGAAUUGAAUUAUUUGUAAAUCGCCUGGAUUCUGUAGAAUCUGUUCUUCCAUAUGAAUAUGAUGCCUUUGACUUUUGUAAGGAUGAAAAUGAAAGGCGACCAUCUGAAAACCUUGGACAAGUUCUUUUUGGAGAAAGGAUUGAGUCCUCACCAUACAAGUUUUACUUUAAUAAGAACCAGACAUGCAAGAUGAUUUGUUCCAAGGUCUAUCAGCCCAAGGUUAAUACUCAACUGGAAUUCAUAAAGAAAGGAAUACAACUAAACUAUCAACAUCAUUGGAUUGUUGACAAUAUGCCAGUAACUUGGUGUUAUGAUGUGGAGGAAGGACAGAAAUUCUGCAGUCCUGGAUUCCCUAUAGGUUGUGCUGUUGCUCCAGAUGGAAGAGUAAAAGAUGCCUGUGUUAUCAGUUCUGAAUUUAACAAAAAAGACACUUUCUACCUCUUCAAUCAUGUUGAUAUUACCAUCACUUAUCAUAGUGGAAAUGGAGAAAACUGGGAUGGUGCGCGUCUUGUUGCUGCAAGACUUGUACCAAAAAGCUAUAAACACCCUAGUAAAGAUAAUUUAAACUGUGAGGCUCACCCUAUGGAAAUCCCUCAAGAACUCACUAGUAAACUGGAAGUGAUCUAUUCAUAUUCAGUAACAUUUCGGGAAAAUAAUACCAUUAAAUGGGCUUCACGUUGGGAUUAUAUUUUGGAAUCUAUGCCACACACAAACAUACAGUGGUUCAGUAUCAUGAACUCUCUUGUAAUUGUUCUCUUUCUGUCUGGCAUGGUGGCUAUGAUUAUGCUAAGAACUCUGCACAAGGAUAUUGCCAGAUACAACCAAAUUGAUUCUUCUGAGGAUGCCCAGGAAGAAUUUGGCUGGAAACUGGUACAUGGUGAUAUAUUUAGACCACCCAAAAAAGGAAUGUUACUGUCUGUUUUCCUUGGACAAGGGACCCAGAUUUUCAUUAUGACAUUUAUUACAUUAUUUCUAGCCUGUCUUGGGUUUUUGUCACCUGCUAAUAGAGGAGCUCUAAUGACCUGUUCUGUUGUCUUAUGGGUUCUAUUGGGAACUCCUGCUGGAUAUGUGUCUGCCAGGUUGUACAAAACAUUUGGUGGGGAGAAAUGGAAAACAAAUGUGUUAAUGACAGCACUUCUAUGUCCUGGGAUUAUAUUUGCUGAUUUUUUUGUCAUGAAUAUAAUUUUGUGGGAGAAAGGCUCAUCAGCAGCAAUUCCUUUUGGCACAUUAGUUGCAAUCUUAGCUAUGUGGUUUGGUAUUUCUGUACCGUUAACAUUUCUUGGGGCUUACUUCGGAUUCAAAGAAAGAUCUAUUGAACACCCAGUUCGUACAAAUCAAAUUCCUCGGCAAAUUCCAGUGCAAUCAUUUUUUACCAAACCGUUACCUGGAAUCAUCAUGGGUGGAAUUCUCCCAUUUGGUUGCAUUUUUAUUCAGCUGUUUUUCAUUCUCAAUAGUAUUUGGUCUCAUCAAAUGUACUAUAUGUUUGGCUUUCUGUUUCUGGUAUUCAUAAUACUCCUGAUUACUUGCUCAGAGGCUACGAUCUUGCUGUGUUAUUUUCAUCUGUGUGCUGAGGAUUACCAUUGGUGGUGGAGAUCAUUUUUAACAAGUGGCUUUACUGCAGUUUAUCUUUUUAUAUACGCAGUUCAUUAUUUUUUCUCCAAGCUGCAAAUCACAGGAACUGCCAGCACUAUUUUGUACUUUGGCUACACAAUUAUCAUGUUCUUAAUUUUUUUCCUAUUUACAGGAACCAUUGGAUUUUUUGCUUGCUACUGGUUUGUAAAAAAGAUCUACAGUGUGGUAAAAGUGGAUUGAUGCAUCAUUCUGUGCAACAGCAGCACGUUAUGUUUCCCACACACUUCAACAUUGCUUUUGUCUGAAGACAUAAGAAUAAUGCAGCUAUAAUGGCACAAAACAGAAACUUUCAACUGAGAUGAGCACUUUAGAUAAUUGUGUUUAGGAUAUAAUGUCAUAUAUGUAUGUUGAAAGACUUUUACUGUCUCACUCGUAACAUAUAGAAAGUUUGAAAAUGGAUUAAUUUAGCAAAGGUACAUUUCAGCUGUCUGCCUAUGUCCUAAAUACUGAUGUUGUGAUGAAAUAAAGAAUUGGGCCGUAUAUUUGCUGGUAACAACGAUAGUCAUCAAAAGCUACUGUGCCUUUCAACUGCUAAAAUCCAUUGUAAGUGCAUUCCUGUUCUUUAAUAAUAUAUUGUAGUCUCUGAAAAAGUUAAACGUUUUUAUUCAAAGGUAUUAUACAUUUUCUGGUUUACUUUUUAUGACCGUAUAUUGUAAUUGUACACAAGAUGUGCAGAGCUUAUAUGUAUUUUUAUUUUAUAGUGUUUAAAAUAUAAACAUAAGGGACAUUCUAUACUUGCUUCUACGGAGCAAAAUAUGUGGCAUGAAUAUUUGGAUUAGCCUACAUCUUGGGUUUUGUUGUUAGGCUUCGCUAUCUUUGCAUUGCCUGUUGCUGGCAGUGGUGAGUCCAAGAUAAAGUACAAUUGUAGUGAUCUUUAGACAAUGAUAUAAGAAAUAUUGCAUAGUUUCCCUCACCAUCUAUUUUCCCAUGCCUUACAGUAAUUUGUUGGAUUUUAAUUUUAUGUAGGUAAAAAUGUAAUUUGUAUAUAUCUGUCACAUAUAGCAAUGGCUGACUCUGAAAUUCUUUCUGCAUAUAUGGUGCUUUAUGUAAUUGCAACCAAAGAUUGUUGUUUUUGCUAGUAGGGGUUACAUACAUCUUGGCGCAGUUAUAUCAUCUGGGGAAGAGGUGUCAUUAUGGCAUCAUGCAAAAUUUGUUUACUGCUUGUAAGAAUCAUUUAUAUAGCUGCCCAGUACUUUUUAUCACAAGAUGUUUUUCAGUGAUGGGGUUGACCUGCACCAUCAGAAUGCAUUGUGUUCCAUAGGUGUUAAUGUUUAUUAUUGUGUUUCUCCAUUGAUGACCUGCUAAUUCUGACAUCAGUGCAAGAUGGACGACUCUUACUCUGGAUGACCCAAUUACUGCAAGACAAACCUAGGUAGCAUGUUCAACUAUAUGGCCAUGUUUCGGAUCCUACCAAAAUGUUGAGCACCGUAUUACCUUUUCAGAUCCAUUUUCACAUGUUAUGGAAAAUGUUGUAGAGAUUAUUUUUAAAUGUAAAUCUUAGUUGUUUGUUUAAAUUAUGCAGUUAUUUUUUACUGUUCCUGAAAGCAGAAGUUGUGCUGAUUUUUUUUUCUUCACCUCAUUUGCUAAAUCAUAUUGCACUAUACUGCUCUAGAUUUUUUUGCAUAGAAUGUUUGUUUAAUUUUUCUAUAGGAAUUUAAAGUCAACCAAAUAAAAAUAUUGUUAUGUCAUACAUAUUUUAUUUUUGAUUUUUCUUGAGAAAUAAACAGAGCACAUGACA